GUGAAUUUGAGAGUUAUUAAGAAAAAAAAAUGCAGGUACAAACAGGCGCUCAGUUCAAACCAAAUCUAUACGUCCUCAGCUGGGGUCUCUACCCUCGGCGCAUUACCAUUUACCUCAAAGAGAAGAGAAUUAUUGAUCGAGUCAGCAUCAAGGAAGUUCCCGUGACCUCAACAGGCCUGGGUAGUAUUCCCGGCAAACCUCAAGGCUCCGUACCUAUCCUCGAGUAUGCGCCCGGCCAGUAUAUCCGGCAGUCUUCAGCAAUUCUCGAGUACCUAGAAGACCUAUAUCCAGAGGCGCCCUUCAUGCGCGGGACAACACCCGAAAGCCGUGCGAGAACACGCGAGCUCCUCGACCUGAGCAACGAGGCGUGCUCGUUCCUGUCCUUCUAUUUACACAACGGCAGUGCAUUGUUUUCAGGGUUCGAAAAGCAGAGCCCGGAGGCGGCCGGGCAGGCGAUGGAGAGACUAGAACUCUUGUUUUCACAGAUAGAAGACAUGUCUGACCCCGAAGGUCCUUUCUUAGCAGAGAGCGGAGACCAGCCUGGACUGGCAGAUAUUGUGGUCUUGGCCACAGUUCAAUUUGCAAAAGGCGUAUACGGCAUUGAUAUAGUCAAGAAGCACAUGCGUUUGACGCAGAUGGUGUCCGCAUUUGAGAGAAGGGAUAGCGCGAUAUGGGAUGAUGCACCGGCGGAGCUGACAAGCGUAGCGAGGAAGUUCAAUGUCAAGGACGUGGAAGUAUGACAGAGGUGCUGAAUAAACAGCCAGCGAUGG